CAGGAGCUGUGUGUAGCCUCUAGAAACACACACUUAUUUAUACAAACAUACACACUUCUUGGAACUGAGCGGACGUCACCUCAAAGACGAGACGGGAAAGUGAAGGCAGACACACAGGAAGGAAUAGAAACCCAGAAUGGCUUCCUUCGUCCUGGAGCAGGGUCUGUCCCCACCUCUAUGCGGACGCUCUCUGCCCCAGCAGGAGCUCCCGUCUCUGGGCCUUCAUUCGACUGACUUCAGCCUGUACAGCCCUCCAGCUCCUCCUGAGCACAGCCUGUCUGUGUCACAGUGGCUCCCACCGACCAACCACAGCGACCUCUCCCUCUGCAACCAAGACCUAGGCCCCGUCUCUGGGAUCGCAGGACUCCCACCAGUGUUCGGUGGCUUCUUCCCGCAUCUCUACAGCAACCCCUGGUUCUCCACGUCCAACCCAGAUGAGAUGCUGCGCCUGGUCCGCCCACCGUACUCCUACUCUGCGCUCAUCGCCAUGGCGAUACAAACCGCACCCGAGCAGCGGCUGACACUCAGCCAGAUCUACCAGUACGUCACCAACAACUUCCCCUUCUACAGCUCCAACAAGGCAGGCUGGCAGAACUCCAUCCGCCACAACCUGUCACUCAACGACUGCUUCAGGAAAGUUCCCCGUGACGAGAACGACCCAGGUAAAGGAAACUACUGGACUAUUGACCCAAACUGCGAGAAGAUGUUCGACAACGGAAACUUUCGCCGCAAGAGGAAGAGGAAGGCUGAUGACGUGACCGCUGACAAGAAACCUUCCUCCCCCUCCUCCUCCUCUUCCUCUGACUCCUCCUCCUCAUCAGAGCCAAGUCCUAAAAUUCCCAGCAUGCACUGCAAUAGUGGCAGUAACAGCAGCACUGAGUUCUCUGCUCUCUCAGACACUAGCUUCAGCAACUUCAUGUGUCAACCCCAGGACUCCUUCUUCCCUCCUCCUCCUCCUCCUCCUCCUCAUGCCAGCUCCCCCUCGCUGUACAUGCAGGUACCGGACCAUGCCUCCCCUACUCCUCCUGUUCCUCAGGGAUACGGCUCCUCUUACUCUCCCGGCGCUGUUGUUCCUCAGUGGGACACCUGCAGCUCCUCACCUACCCAUCAUCACUCCAUCACACCUCCUCCUGCUCAAUUCCCCUCCUCCCAAUCAACCCCUCCCCAUUUCUCCUCCCUUGUCUACCCUUAUGCCGGCUCCCCCCCACUCUACGUCGACUUGCAGACAGCGUCCUGUCUUCAGCCCGAGCUCCAGGAGGCCCAGCAGCUGCAGCAGCUUCAUGCCCAGUGUGAGCCCCUCUUCUCUGGGGGCUUUUCUGACCCUCUGCCCCUCGACUCUCUGGUUCGCCCUCAGUGACACAAACCAGAUGGUGACAGCUCCAGCGAACAUUAUAUGUUUACACCGAGAACUGAUGAUGUAUUUCAAAGUUUUUAAAAUGUCUUCAUGUGAAUGUUUGGUUGAAUUCAAAGCAGCCACAGUGUGAAUGUUCCUAUUUAUCUUUUUUUAAAAGGGGGGUGAAUGUUUCAUGUGUACAUAUAAGUCCAAUGUAUUUAAUGUUUGGAAUAAAAAAAAAAGUUCAACACA